AUGGAAGAGCUACUUCCCCCCACGAAUGACCCCGUACAGGGUGGCUUCUGGGGUGGCAUGAAUAUAGCACAGCAGAUAUUUGUUGUAUACGCUGUCUUGAUUCAUGUCCAUAUGUUUGGAUUUACCCUACGGCUAGGUUGGUCUAUCUUCAGAGCUACCGGCAAAGCCAAGACGGCGUUGGAAAGGCGCAUUUGGCAUACUCCCAUCCCCUCGCCUCGGUCUGAAGGAGGAGACUUUCACGAGCAACCGAUCUCGCCGAUUUCCAUGUCCUCGGUGGACUCGUUGAUCUCGAAGAACCUCAAGACAGACGUUACCAUCAACGAAGUUGUCGAGGAGGAACUAGUCCACGCUAUCAUCCUGCCGAACUACUGCGAAGACCUUCACACCCUCGAGACAACCCUCAGAGUCCUAGCAAGCCACCCGCGGGCUCAAUCGCAAUAUGAGAUAUACCUGGCCAUGGAGCAAAAGGAAGCCGAUUCCUCGGACAAAGCUGGCCACCUGGUCACCAAGUUCGAAAAGUUCUUCCUCCACAUCUGCAGUACCUUCCACCCGUCUGGUAUUCAUGGCGAGAUUGCAGGGAAGAGCUCAAAUGUGGCGUUUGCUGCACGCCGUAUCGUGGAGAUCCACCGCACCGACUUGAAUGAGGAUAACUGCAACGUCGUUGUCACUGUCAUGGAUGCCGAUACCCAUCUCUCUCGUGACUAUUUCACCGAAAUCCGACGACUGCAUUACGCCCACUUCAGCGAAGCGGACCGCUCCCUUUACUGCUGCCCCAUCAUCUUCGAUCGCAACUCCCACGAGAGCCCCGUUUUGGUUCGAUGUGCAGAUCUCCUUUGGGCCUUCGCGGGAUUGUCGACCAUGUACCCCGGAACAAUGAUCUCCAUUCCUACCUCGGUAUACUCGCUGCCACUAUCCCUAGCCGAGAAGGUCGGCGGCUGGGACAGUGACCCGACGGCCAUUGGCGAGGACAUGCAUAUGCUGUUAAAGUGUUACUUUGAAACCGCAGGGAACGUCAUCUCCCGCGUGAUUUACGUCCCCGCCAGCCAGUGCAACGUGUCAAGUGACCGUGGCCACGGCUGGAGAAGAUCAAUGGACACCCUAUUCGCACGGUACCGCCAGGCUCUCCGCCACAUGUGGGGAGCUCUGGAUUCAGGCUUCGCGGCUCGUCGUUCGCUGGGCUAUCUCCGUUUCCACAAACGAUGCUCAUUGCUGCGGCCGAGACACUUUGCCUUACUGGAACUAUUAUACGAGGCUCACUUCCUCCCCAGUCACUUGACCAUCAUCAUGCUGUUCUCGGUAAUAUACACCAUCAGGACACCCGCAUCGCAGCUACAUCCUACCCUUGCAUGGGCAUUCUCUGCCACGGACAUAGUGCGCGGAAUGUCAUUCAUUGGAAUGAACAUUUGUCUUGCGCUGUAUGAGCGGUGGCACACACUCUGCCUCAAUGCUCGCAUGCGCGAUAUGCAGGAGGCCAAUCUACCCGAUACAGGCUGUUCCCAGCGUACCUGGUGGAAACCUCAGUACCUGCUUGAUCGCAUCGCCUUCCCAAUCGCAGGUACCCUCUUUGGUGCCGUUCCAACCGUCCACGCCGUCUUCGCGCACUUCUUCACCGAUCGCUUGGUGUAUCGGGUUAGCAAGAAGCCGACCUUUACGGACGCAGUGGCGCUGGCAUGA